AUGUCCAACCUUGCCCUCAAAUCCACCAAUGAGCUUUUCACUCAGGUUUACGCCAAAAUCGGCAACAUUGCACCACUUGCCGCUAAUACAGAGCCUGACGUUCGGCAAACCUUUUCUGCUGGCCUGCAAGCACUACACCACAAAGCCGAGAGUUUACUGCAGUGGAUAAUCGCCAUGGGUCAGGUAACUGUUGACGAUCAAGGUGACCCUUUGAACUUAGAGAUAGGAACCUACACCUGGGAUCCUCUCCCGGAAGAUGUUGCAGCUCUGGUCUCCCACGCUGACUCUGUGGACGAAGGGGAUGAGUAUGGCACCGACGAAGAUCCCAACGACGUUGUGGACGAGCAACUCACAGCGCAAAAGGCUCCGAUCCUCGAAGUAAUCCACGAUCCUGGCCGUCUCCGAUUUCGUCUUCAAGACUUUAGGUCCAUGGUAGCUGCUGCUGGUUAUAAAGGCAAAGUUGAAGACCAAGAACGGCAAGCGAUCAUACACAUGAUUUGCAGGUACAAGCUAUACCCAACUCAUACCAUGGAAAAAGAAUUAGGUGAACACCAAUUCGUCACAAAAAGUAUUCCAAAAUGGACUUCCUCUGCAAACAACAUCGACAACAUUCAAGUCCUCGAAGAUCGCGCCCUGGCUCGAGAAAUCUUUAUCCUCAAAGAUACUCAAAAUAACAACGUGCAUAUAUGGAUCAAAUGUGUUUUGCGGAACAUCCAGGCCCUGCAGCUUGUCCAAGAAUGGGACACACUCUCUCCCGAACUCCAGCUCCAAUUUCGACACGCCGUAGCCAAAACAUACUUUUCCAACGAAUUUGCCCCCCUCUAUCGAAAGUUCAAUACCCACCAUAAUAAAAUCAUUUCUCGCCAUCGAAAGUUUGCCACUCUGUUUACCAUGCUUGGCCCCACCGUCCUUCUUGAUCCUGCACUACUUCAUCUUACGCAGCAGGGAUAUCCUCGCAGCUCCAAGUACUUUGACAGAGUCCUAGCAAUCGUUAUUCGGGAAUUGGAAAACGACGCCUUUGAAGUCGAGAUUCCCUGGCUUUGGGAACAAAAGAGGUUCCUGCUUAGGGCUGUUGAUGUCAUCGCGGGAUCAUCAACCUUCGAACAUGUUCGUGCCUUCCUAGACAACACCUGUUUUGCAGAUAUGGACUAUGUGACUGAUUCUGAUGGGGUAGAUAUAUAA